AUGAGCACACGUGAAGGUGAAUAUUCAUCGAAGUAUAUGGUGGAAGAAGAAGAUAAUUCCGGGGUGGACUCUGCAUCAGCAGCCCCUAUGGAAACUGACAUUGAGAAUUACGCUGAGUACAGCGAGAAAAGGCCUAGCAAGAAGGCUACCAUUGCAUCAGUUGCGUUUUUAGGUUAUUCGAGUCUUGGGUCGAUUUACGGUGACAUUGCCACGUCGCCAUUGUAUACGGUGCCAUCGAUCUUCAGCGGUAGCAACCUCGAUGUCACGGAGAAUAACCUUAUGGGUGUUGUUUCGUGUAUCUUUUGGCUAUUCACGAUCGUUGUUAUUGUGAAAUACACCAGUCUUGUGCUAGUUUACGGUCCAAACGACGGUGAGGGUGGUCAAAUUGCGUUGUACUGUAAGAUUGCCAAGUGCUUGAGAAACGGUCCUGUUGACCAGCUCAUGCUCCAAAACAAGACCCAGAGUGAGGACCAGUUGCUAUUGUCUCGUUACGAAACUACCAACAGUCAAACCACCUCGAUUUUCAAGCACGAAAGCUCUUGGCUUCAAAACAAGAGCUUCAGAAAGUGGGUUGGUCGUGUUACGUUGAUUUUGUGCUUUUUGGGUUGUUCCAUGGUUAUCAGUGACGGUUUGUUGACCCCAACUACAUCUGUUUUGAGUGCCAUGGAAGGUAUCACUGUUGCAGUGCCUUCUUUCCACGGCAAGACCAUGCCUACCUCUGUUGCUAUCCUUGUUGUGUUGUUCCUCGCUCAAGUUAUGGGUAUCGGUAAAAUCACCAUGCUGUUUUCUCCAAUCGUCGCUCUAUGGUUCAUUGUCCUAUUGGUUAUCGGUGGUAUUAACAUCGCUGCCGCCCCAAGAAUCUUCAAGGCCUUGAACCCCGUUGAGGCAAUCAACUUGUUGCGUCGUCAAGGAAAAAUUAACAUCAUGGGUGACGUUAUGUUGUCCAUCACCGGUGUGGAAGCCAUGUUCGCCGAUGUGGGUCACUUCUCGCCAUUGUCGGUUCAACUCUCCUUGCUCUUGGUCGUUUACCCAAGUUUGAUGAUCUGCUACUUGGGUCAAGGUGCAUACUUGAUCAAACACCCUGAGCAAUUGUCCAACGUCUUUUACGAGAGUAUCCCAGGUAAGAGCGGUCAAGGAUUCUACUGGUUUGUGUUCGUGUUGGCUAUCUUGGCCACCAUUAUCGCCUCCCAGGCCUUGAUCUUGGGUGUCUCCUCUAUCUCCAAACAAUUAAUUGCUGUCGGGUUCCUACCGAAGCUAAAGGUGAUCCACAAGUCUGCUUCCCACAGCGGCAGAAUCUUCAUUCCAGUGGUGAACUUCUUGUUGAUGAUCGGUGUCUUGGUGUGCUGUGUCGGUUUCAAGACCAGUGCCAGAGUCACUGCUGCUUACGGUUUGACCGUCUCCAUGGAUUUAUUCAUCACCUCUCUAUUCAUGUCUAUCAUGUUUGUGUGCGUGCAAAAGUUCCAUGUCGGUAUUGCUGUGCUCUUCUUGUGCGUGUUCGGUUCCCUCGAGUGCUGUUUGAUCGGUGCUAACUUGCUCAAGGUGCCACAUGGUGCUUGGGUUCCUCUAAUGGUGAGCGGUGCAUUGUUCAUCUUCCUCUUGGUAUGGCGCUGGUGUUAUACCAUGAAGGCUAACCGCGAGGCCCGCGACAGAAUUUCUUUGACAAAGCUAUUGCAAGAUUGCCAACAGCAAAUUACUUACAGCAGCAACAUCACCGGCGCUGGUAUCUCACAACGCAUUCAAGAGGAAGACGAGGGUGAUGAUGAUGAUGAUGACAACGACGAUGACGAUGACGAUGUCGAUGAAGACGCUGUAGCAAACACACAAAACACUCCGGAUGUCCGUUUCUCACAGCCACCUCAAAGACGUAGCUCUAAUAAGUUAGACUCUACUAGACCAGUCAUCGCUAGACCAGGCUCCACCCACCACGUUGGUUCUCUAGACAAAAUCCCAAGAUCAAACUACGUCGGUAUCAUGUUCACUGACUUGGCCACUUUGCUAAAACAUCCAGCAAGUGUCCCACGUCUAUACAAAGACUUGACCAAAAGCUUCGGCGCCAUCUCAAGAGUCUUCGCUUUUGUCGGUGUACACAUCUGUAACGAGCCAUACGUCGAAAACGAAGACCGUAUCUUGGUCCAAAAAAUGCAACAGGACGGUUUCUACCGUUGUAUUGUUAGACUAGGUUUCAUGGAAGCAGCAUCAGAUGACGAAAAGAAAAUCGAACAGCUAGUUAGUGUCUUGAGUAUGGAAGAAGGUAUCAACUUGCAUACCAUUCCAGUCGUUGAAAUCUGCAGUGCAGACCAAAUCAUCGGUAAAACCUUGACAGAAGCAUCCAUCUGGAAGAAAUCCUUGUACAUUGCCAGGAAAUUUGUCAUCGAAUACAUCUACGCUCCAAUAUACUACAGUACUGAGAGGACUAACAAGGAAGAGGAAAAUGUCGUGUACUUCGGUAAAACCGUCGUCAUCUAA